GCGACAACUGCGACGGGUUUCCUUCUCGGGAAACCCAUAGUGGACAGAACGGGCGAAACUGGCACAUUCCCCUUCUCUGACACACUGACACCAGGAUGUUGUUGGAAGAGCAGCGAUACAUUGCCGAGGACCUCGAGCGCCUCGAGCAAGGCGUCGCGGAUCGCAUCGGCGAGGAGCCCAAGGUGAUCCGCGAUCGCCUCAACCGAGACCAUGAGGUAUCUCAGCUCCUUGACCAGAUACAGAAACAAUCCGCAGAGAUGUUGUCUUUGUAUCGCGAUGCUAAUGGCCUCCGGUCCAAAGAGGUCCUGCAGAUUGGCAGCGGCGACCCUUUCGAAGAGUUCUACAAACAGGUGAACGAAGUGAGGGAGCACCACGCGCGAUACCCGAAUGAGCAGGCAGAGAAUUCCGAGAUCCGUUACCGGCAGCGCAAGACGGGCGACGAGCCUCUGCCUUCGCUUGUCGAUUCGAUGUUUUCUGGCGAGGAGGCCUACGGACGCUACUUCGACCUACACGCCUGCCACGAGGAAUACAUCAAUCUUCCCAACGUCAAGCGCCUGGGCUACCUGCAGUACCUUCAAAUUUUCGACAACUUUGCCCCCGGCCAUGGCGGUGUCAAGAGGGCGGACAAAUUGACCGACCAAUACUUCAAGUACGUUGGCGAGUUGGCAGAAUACUUGGAGAGCUUUAUGCGCCGGACGCGACCGCUGGAGAAUGUCAGCAAGGUGAUCGAGUCCUUCGACAAGGAGUUUGGAGAGGCAUGGGAGAAAGACGAGGUCGAGGGCUGGACAAAUGAGUCGGCUGCUGCCACGGUGGCAGCGAAGGAGUUGAGCACUGCUGACGCUGUAUGGUGCGAUGCUUGUGAGAAAGAAUUCAAGAACGAGAACGUGUACAAGGGGCACCUGAAUGGACGGAAGCACGUCAAGGCAGCGCAAGCCCUCGCGGAGAGGCAGCAAGGCGCCGCAGAUUCCGCUGUCGCAUCUGGGAAAUUCUCUGCGACAAGAAUGAAGGAGCGCGUAGUAGCCGAGAGAGAGUUCAGGGUGAAACGCCUCGCCAGUGCUAUGAGCACCGAGCGAGAGGAUACCCGGGUCAAUGUGGAGCGGCGGCAAGGAAUGACUGAGAGGGAACGGCAACAAGAACUCGACAAUCUGUUCAGUAUGGCGGAGCAGCCACCACAACUUGCCGAGUCAAAUGAUCCAGAAGGCGAGGACGGCGAGGAGAAGAUCUACAACCCCCUGAAGCUACCGCUGGCCUGGGACGGCAAGCCCAUCCCAUUUUGGCUCUACCGGCUGCACGGCUUGGGCGUGGAGUUCCCAUGCGAGAUUUGCGGCAACUUCGUCUACAUGGGCCGCCGCGCCUUCGAGAAGCACUUUAACGAGGCACGGCACAUCUACGGCCUGAAGCGGCUCGGUAUCAACGACACCCACCUUUUCCGGGACAUCACAGGCAUCGAGGAAGCGCUUAAGCUCUGGGAUAAGAGACAGCGUGACAAGAAGGCGAACAGGAUUGAGGACGGGAGCAUCGUUCAGAUGGAGGAUGCCGAGGGUAAUGUGAUGCCGGAGAAGGUGUACUAUGACUUGCAGAAGCAAGGUUUGCUGUAGGCGCACGUGCGGCAGCAGGCAGUGCCAGUUUCCUGGAACGUACAUGAGGCACGCCAAAUGGCAUGAAUAGACAGCUUAGCAGAAGAUUCAAGUUCAGCUUAUAGGAACCUCGAGUGUAGCCAUCCGUGCUUUACAUGAGACAAAUGAAGAUUUCCUCAAAGGAAUUCAGUCAAGCUUGAUAUCAGACUAAUGGGGUAUUGAAAUGUUCCAUUGUACUUAUCAUAUUUUACACCAGGUAAAUGAGAGUUUAAAGAAUCGCUUGAAUAUGAUCCAAGCCUUAUGGGCUUCAUUUGAACAC